GGAUUGACUUAGUAAGUAAAUAAGUCUUCAGUUCAAAAGCACAUGAUGAAACUAGGAGUGAACAUUACAUUAAAAACACAAAACUUAACUUUAGAAAUGAUUUUCAGUAACUACUAUUUUGAAAUCUCUUCAUUCCCAUUUAAUUUAGGCAAUGAUAGUCUUGUUAUGCUAUAAAAAAUAGAAGAGGAAAUUGAAAGCUAUUUGAAUGCAAAAUAAAUGGAAAGUAUAAAUCAAUUAUAGAGCUCUGCUAAUGUCAGCAAUGUCCUUGAGUGUAUAGCCUAAGAUAGGAGUUGAGUGCCUGCAGCACAUCAAUCACUUCAUCAUGGGAUUGGCUGAGAGGAGCAUCAGCGAGAGCUCUGACGACAUUGUCAUCAGACCGCUGGAGCUGGCAGACCUGCAGCGCGGAAUUAGUUCCGAUGAGCCUCAAGAGUCACCUCGCAGGAAACGAGAUGGUGAAAAUUUGGAUGCAUGUUUUGGUCUCCUUGGAUCCCAAGACAAGUUCUUCUCUGUGGUCUAUGGGCUCAGCAAGAAGGAUGGCCACAGCGCCAAGCACAAAAUGUUGGCCCGCAUGGCUUGGAAAAAUGCCUAUAAUAAAGUGAAGGCCAUGCGGGAUCCAUGGGAGAAGUUCGACAUCGCGCAGUUCAGGAUGGAGAAGGCGCGGCGUCACCGCUACAAGGCGCUGCAGAAGAAGUGGGUCACCGACGAGGUCCUCGUCAAGAUGGACACGGCGCCCUUCAGUCACGGCGCCAUGAGGGAGUGUUUCCGUAUGAAGAAGCUGAGCAAUUUCUGCCAUGACGACUGGUCUAAGGCACACAACUACGUGGCCAAGCGCUACAUGAACGAGGCAACCCCACCACAGACUUACUACGAUGACGUCAAACUUCAGAUGGAUGCUAAGCUUUGGGGGGAAGAAUACAACCGACACAAUCCUCCAAAGAAGGUGGACAUUUUCCAGAUGGCGGUACUGGAGCUGCUGGAGCGGCCGGGCUGUCCUCUGUUCCAUGUGGAGCAUUUCAUUGAAGGUUCUUACGUGAAGUACAACAGCAACUCCGGCUACGUCUCAUCGUCCAAGAUGCGCAUGACUCCUCAUGCAUUCUCGCAUUUCACCUUUGAAAGAUCUGGCCACGAGCUGAUCGUUGUAGACGUGCAGGGCGUCGGUGAUCUGUACACGGAUCCUCAGAUCCACACAGCGCACGGAACUGAAUACGGUGACGGGAACCUGGGCACGCGGGGCAUGGCGCUGUUCUUCCACUCGCACGUCUGCAACAGCAUCUGCCACUCACUGGGGCUCUCGCAGUUUGACUUGGCGCCUUCAGAGAUCACCAAGCUCCAGAGGCAGAACCGCACCUCUGUGAGCAGCAAGACGCGCGUGCGCGGCACGGAGGAGCACGUGACGCUGCCUACAGAGGAGCAGCGCUUGGACCUGAACGAGUACCUGCGGCAGCGCUCGCAGUCGUCGGGAUGUUCCACGCAGGAGGACGACAACAUCAUCGCCGACCUCAACAUCGCGUCCUGCGAGAGUUUGGAUGAAAGCGUGGACGAGAGCGAGGACUCCGCUGUGGCAAUGAGCGCAAGUCGCCCAAGAUUUGCCAGAGGACCCCGCAUUGCGCGACGCCUGAGCAACCCUCCUGGUGAUGAAGCCCCUAAAGACGCUGGGCGGCGCAGACGUUCGGGGAACAGCGAGAGCGCCAUACAAGCGCAGCAAACUCUGCUGCUUGCAGAGGCCGACAGGCAGUCUGCAGAGAGCCUGGGUGUUCCUUCCAUCUGCAACCCGCCACAGCCCAGGCUUCGCUUCGACUCAUCUUCGUCUGAGUGCGACUCGAUCACUCGCGCUGAUAUGGUCAAUCAAGAACAUGAAAUGAAGAAAUUUUCAGCGAUGGUGACCCGCCGCAGUCGCCCGUCACGCAUCAUGUCGCCUGAACUGCAGCGAGACUUCCUUCUAGCUCUCGACGUGCCCAGACAUGACAGCGUCAACAUUAUUCUGGGACAGGUGCACCUGGACAUGGCCAAGUACUACGAGCUGAACAGGUUCAACGAGGAGGGGGAAAACUACGACCGAGACGCGGCUGUGUUCCACGUGAUGCAGGCGGCGCACUGCGGUCUGGUCGAGGGUCUCCUAGCCGCAGCUCAGCUCCUGCUCGGCCUGCCGCACUACAUCUUGCCUGACACCGAGCUGAGCGAAGCCGAGCGCGACCAAGUCCUUGGGUUCGCUUUCCUGGAGGAGGCUUGCCGGGCCGGCGACCGCUGGUCCAUCAUUUACGUGGCGACGGCUCUUGAACAGGGCAUAGCCCUCCCCCCUGGCAGGAGCCGCAACUGGGUGGUGGCAGAUGUGCUGUACGAGCGAGCGCUGACGGGGAGCGGCGAGGACGACGAGGGCGGCUACGACGCCGUCAUGGAGACGCCCAACUACCUCCUGAAGGCACGCCAGGCCGCCAUGUACCUACAGGGCGGCCACGGCCUCAUCAAGGACCCCAACAGAGCAGGUGAAUUAUACAGCGAGGCUGCACAACUUGCUACCGAAGCGAUGAAGGGCAAACUGGCAGCGAAAUAUUACAUGGACGCCGAGCUCGCGUGGGGAGAAUGUGAGGAAUAAGUUCCUGCGCUCAACGUAGGGAUCCCUAUUACCACGCGCAGCCUGACGCGCUAUUUUCUUGUGUCACGCAAGUGGCUGGUUGUGUUCUCAUGCUCUUUUGAACAUCUAGCAGGCAGGUGUUCAUAGCUUACCAAUUAUGAGACUCAGAAUCUGUUCACGGGACUCAAUUCAGUUCAGUUGAAUUGCCAUAAAAGGAGAUGCUUGUGCAAUUGAUCAAUUUUUAGACGCCGUUAUUCUGGUAAGAGCAGUGGUUGUAUAUCGCUCUAUUAAAUUGCGAUUUUCUGGAAAUUAUCAAUUCUAACAAGCUAAGGAGAUGAGCCUUUUUUCCAGAGAACAUAGAAGUUACUUACCGUCAGAAAAUGCUGUUAUGCAUUAAAAGGCUAUGAAUAAUGUAGUUGUGUUCGCUGCUACAGCUGCUAGGAAGCAGCCCCCCUGUAUCCCAUAUAUACCUGUUGAGUGGCGCGCUUGCAGCGUGUAUGUGUUUGUAACUGCGGGACUGAUGGAUUUUGGUUUAACCUUCUUACCUUUCGAGUGUCACCGGCGAUUGUAGUUUGCGCCGUUUACUGAGUGCCAUUUUAAUAUAAAGCGAUGGCUUUGACUUCCUUUCACUUGAUAUACUGCAGUGGCUGUAGGGUAGAAGUUGGAAAUGUCAGAUUUUGUUGUGAUAAAAUAAGAAGUUAAUCAUUUCUGCUCUGGUAGAAAUGAAGUGAUGAGAUUAAACGAGUGGCCAUAGUAUAAAGGGCCAAACUCUUUAAAGCAACAGAACUUUCAUGGACAAACAAGCCCCCAAAAUUAUAGCUUAUAUUAUUAGUCUUUUGCAUGCGGCAAUUGAUUUCUCUUAAACUGCACCCUUGUUAACUUUUUGCUUUGCAGUUGCAAGAAUGUUGUUUCCAGACCUUUUUUCUGCUGCCAAUUGUUGAAAUAUAUUGAAAGUACAAAAUGACUCAUAGACUGUUUAAAGUUCUAUUAAGUGAUUUUCAAUUAAAACGAAGCGACCUUCCAUUCUGUCUUCGUGGCGGUACAAGUCAGGCUCAGGCUAUGAUUGAUCACUCUUGACUUACCACCGACUUCUUGUUUGGGGCAUGAAAACUUUUAUCCUUAAGCUUAAGUGACUACAAAUCCACGACCUAGUCACCUUAACCUUAAUUACUGCGGUACAUAACCGUGCGCCCUCUCGCCUGAAAUAAAUUUUCACUAAAGACAUCACACGGACUCGUCCGAUACUGGUCUUAUAUCAACGAAAUUUUAUCCCUUUUCUUUAGCGCAUCUAUGUGAUAUAAAUUUGUCUGGUUGCAAGUGAGAAGAGAUGGACUUGACAUGUUCUUCAUUGAGCUAAAAUAAGCCAGAACUGAAAUUAUUUUUAUUCAAGUGGGGACCUGUUGAUUUUUUUACCUUAAAGUAUUCUCAUGGGAUAUUUUUCAGUCACCACAUACACUGCGGUAUGGAGUUGUUAACUGGCCUGGCCGCAGUUUUAUCGUUUUGAGUAAAUUGUUGUAGUUUAUCAGUAUUUUGUGGAGAAGUUGUAAGCUAAUUGCAAGUAUAUCCAGGCUACAUAACUCAUUAGUUUGGAGGAAUACCUAGUUUGUUUUCCUUAACUUUUUUUUAGAAUUUAUGCCCUUUGCAAUCUUGUAAGUUGGAAAACCUUAUCAAAUAUUUUAUUUCCUAAUGUGAUUUCGUUAAGAAGUGCACUACUAAUUUUCAUGAUACUUCCCUAAUAAUUUUGUGAGUAUAAUUCUAUUUAGCCUUAAGUUUUGUACGAGCGUGAUUACUUACCUCUCAUUUGAAUUGCGUUAUGUGUUAGUGUACCGCGUGUUGCUUACAACCCUCUAUGCACUGUUCCUUAUUUAGUGCUGCACACCAUUUACUUGUGCUGCACUUGAAGUUAUACUCAAACGUUGGGUGCCGGCAAUGAAUUAGUCGAGUUCAUAGGUUACAAUGUUCAUUAUUUUACCGUGUAAUAUUGGCAGAGUUCUUUAAGUUCCUGUGCUCAUUUUCCAGGCUGUUGGAACUGAUCUGUAUUGUCACUUUGGAUAUUUUAGCAUCAUACUUAGGCCACAGUAUAGCCACAUUUCUUUGACCUAUCAAGAUAUUAUACUUUUUAUAUCUUUACUUGAUAUUCGCAGGUUACAGAAGCUUUGGUAUGAAUGCAUAUAGCAACAAACUGUGCCUUAGUUAGUAUGUUAAUACGACCGGUAUUAAAUAGGAUAAAAUAUAUUGAUUUAUAAACUUUGGUGCAAAUUAUAGGUACAAAAGAAGAUAAAUCUCAAUUAUGCUUCUAACUGAAUACAGUUAUUUCUCUUUUACUUUUCUCAGUUCAAGUUUUGAAGAUAAUUAUGUGCCCUGUGAAUGAUAGAUAAACUAUAUGCCUGCGUUGUUUGCGGCUUUGACGUAUUAUAUCAUUAAAGAUAUGCAAUUAAUUAAACUAGAUUGAUGAUUUUCUCAAUAUUGUCCAUGUUUCCCGCGUCCCUGGGUUUAUUAUAAUAAAUCUGAUGGAAUUGACCUCAAAAUCUGCCAUAUAAUUUCCACAAUUGCGUGAAAAUAUUCAUCAAUAAGAAACUCAAAUAAUUACUUUUUCAUCAUAACGAAUUCCGCACACUGCCAAGUCCGAAAAAUUGCUUGCCGUCCUCCGUUUUUUGGGACAUUUGGAUGGCGAGAUCUCAUAAUGUACGAGUGUUUGUUAGCAUUUGAUUAAACUUCUAUUCC